AUGUGGCCAUCAGCCACCGGUGGAGAGCCACAAUUCAAGACUGCCGUUCCACUUCAUUCGGAUCACGCCAUGGUGCGUGCACGCCUGACAGUUCGUCUCCCUUCAGGCCCUCGCAAGGCAGCAAGAAGCAUGCCAAUCCACUGUCUUCGAAGAACUACCAUAGUUCAACAGUAUCGAUCUGAGCUAGCCCAACAACUCUCCAUAAUAAACCAAUACUGUGGUGGCAGUGAUCGUGUGGAUGAAGCAUUGCAAAAUGUGGAAGGAGCUAUGUUCCAACUGGAUUCCAGGCGAGUGUCCCGUCAAAACCAGAUUGGUAUGCAGGUCGAUGAGUUUCAUUGUUUGCUUGACUGUGGUUGGUCAGAUGGACUGGACAAAGAAUAUGUGAAGCGGCUUACGCAGUGGACUCGCCACAUAGAUGCCGUUCUGUUGAGCCACCAGAGUUUGCGACAUUUGGGACUGCUUCCCUUUUUAGUGGGUUCGUGUGGACUCAAGUGCCCAGUAUACGCAACUACACCCGUAUAUAAAAUGGGCCAAUUAACUCUCUACGACUUUUACCAGUCUAUGUAUGCAUCAGAGGAUUUCACGGCAUUCACAUUGGAUGAUGUUGAUGCAGCAUUUGACUUGGUGGUUCAAGUGAAAUAUCAACAAACGAUUAAUCUUCCUGGUCGAGGUCGCGGUCUGUGCAUAACACCUCUCCCCUCAGGACAUACUUUGGGAGGCACGAUAUGGAAACUUGUCAAAGAGGAUACUGACAUUGUGUACGCAGUUGAUUUUAAUCACAAAAAGGAACGGCAUCUGAACGGUGCAACUUUUGAUGCUUGUAUGCGUCCACACUUGCUGAUUAUGGAUGCUUCCAACACAAUGUAUACCCACCCUCGACGAAAAGAUCGUGAUGAAACCCUACGGCACUGUAUUUUGAAAACAUUGAGACGUGGUGGAAAUAUUCUGGUGGCCGUAGACACAGCGGGCCGAUGUCUGGAAGUCGCUCAUUUUCUUGAGCAAUGUUGGUUGAAUCAAGACUCAGGCAUGAUGGCUUACGGUUUGGCAAUGCUCAGUUUUGUGGCUUUCAAUGUUGUUGAUUUCGCCAAGUCUAUGGUUGAAUGGAUGUCAGAAAAGGUUAUGCGUACAUUCGAAGAUCAACGUACGAACCCGUUCCAUUUCCGGCAUGUUCAGUUAUGUCACACGCUUGAGCAAUUGGAUACGGUUCCCGAACCAAAAGUAGUACUCGCCUCCGCUUCGGAUCUCAGUUGUGGAUUCGCUCGUCAGUUGUUUGCCGAAUGGGCCGAUAGUGACCUGAACACGGUCAUUCUCACGUCCCGCGAGUCAUGCGUGGUCAGUGAAGAGCCUGGAGAUUACACUUUACUUGGUCGCCUAAUCGGAUUGGCCAGAGGCGAUGCAGCCGCGCGACAAGGUCUGCCUACAAGUUCGACAGGCACAUUAGUUCUCCCACUUUCCUUAUCUCAACGUGUCUCGCAAGCGCAGUAUGAACAACUAAAAAAUGAGGUACCACGGAUACGAAACGCUGUCCAGGUCGGCUCCACAAUACUUCCUUCAAGUGCAUCGUCCUCCGGCGCACUGGACGUUGGAGCAGCGAUAAUUCCUAUGCCUGAAGGAAUGGACGAGUCGGGCAACACGCCAGGAGACGACCAAAAUACUGAUACAGUACUCGCCUCCGCUUCGGAUCUCAGUUGUGGAUUCGCUCGUCAGUUGUUUGCCGAAUGGGCCGAUAGUGACCUGAACACGGUCAUUCUCACGUCCCGCGAGUCAUGCGUGGUCAGUGAAGAGCCUGGAGAUUACACUUUACUUGGUCGCCUAAUCGGAUUGGCCAGAGGCGAUGCAGCCGCGCGACAAGGUCUGCCUACAAGUUCGACAGGCACAUUAGUUCUCCCACUUUCCUUAUCUCAACGUGUCUCACAAGCGCAGUAUGAACAACUAAAAAAUGAGGUACCACGGAUACGAAACGCUGUCCAGGUCGGCUCCACAAUACUUCCUUCAAGUGCAUCGUCCUCCGGCGCACUGGACGUUGGAGCAGCGAUAAUUCCUAUGCCUGAAGGAAUGGACGAGUCGGGCAACACGCCAGGAGACGACCAAAAUACUGAUACAGAUGAGCGCAUUAUUGCUAAUGUCGUUCAAAGUUCGCGCGUAGCCGGUCAGGUUUUCCGGCUGUCCACCACUUCAGACGUGAACAUGGAUGGUAGUACCUCUCCUCCACCACCUUCUGCCCCUUUCACCCUAACUACCGUCCAGCACACGGAGCACGAAACUUCGCUACUUGGACUGACCAGCAGUUUUGCGCAUCAACCUCCCACGCAAUCACGGCGAAACAACACACUUCUCAACAUGGAUUCCAUGGUCGACCAUCAUCAGUUCUCACAGUUGACUGCGCCAUCUGGUACACAACUAACGGUUGGUCGGCAUCAACCAGGCUACGAUAUUUAUCCGGGGUUGCAUAAUCACGCUGGUGGACAGUUUUUCCGAAUGACGAAACGCACCCAACUCCUGUUCCCACAGGUGGACCGUAAGAUUCAUUGGGAUGAAUACGGUGGCCACGUGGAUAGAGAUUUGUUCAACUCCGAGGAUAAACUCGACUCGAAUACGUGCACUGAACUGAAACAAAAAAACCAGAAGAUCAGCCAACCGAUAUUGGAAGACACUACCCCAUCAAGUCUCAUCUCGCCAUCGAUAUUGGAAUGUUUGGCCUCCAGAAAUUUCCAGUUUGAUGACCCGGAAACCAAGACCCAUGUGAUUACCCAUCAGCUAGAAAUCCCACUGCGGUGUGAACUUUUGUUUUUAGAUUAUGAGGGUCGUUCUGAUGGGGAAGCAAUGAAACGCAUUGUGGUCGGACUGCGCCCACAGGAGUUAAUUUUGGUGGGAAAUAGUCGGGCGGACACAGAACAGUUGGCUGUUUACUGUCGCACUGUCAUGCUUCUUGCAUCCAAUUUGGUGCACAUUCCCAGUGCCUGCAGUGUCAUCAAUUGCACGAAGGAAGGGGAUAUUUAUCAGGCUAGAAUGAAGGACAGUCUAGUAUCAAGUUUGCGCUUUACCAAAAUACGGGACUACGAACUCGCCUGGGUGGAAGCCAACAUCGACUUGACCGAUAACGCUCCUGCGGAUCCAGAUCAUUCUGAAUCUGCAUCAGACAACCUAAAUUUGCCUAAUGCAAGUGGUGACGAUAAUCCACCAUCACCCCUCAAAACCCGAUCAUCUUUAGCUGCAGACCGACUUCCGGUGCUUGGCUUACCUACAGGUCCUGUCGGAGCCCACAAGACUGUGUUUGUCAACGAACCGAAACUGUCAGAUCUCAAACAACUUCUCCUUGCCAAUGGUUUGGUCGCAGAAUUCGUCAGUGGUGUGUUGGUGGUAGACAACUGCGUCGCAAUCAAACGUUCUGAGGCUGGAAAGCUUCUGUUAGAAGGUCUCCUAUCGCGAACCUAUUUCACGGUUCGGCAAGUCCUCUACCAGCAGUUCGCAAUUCUGUGAAUAACAUCCAGUAAUGUUGUGUGUGACGAUAACUCUGGAUUUAUUCCAUCCUAUUUGUACAGCAUCCUGAACGCUCCCAUCGAAAAAUACAAUUUUCUUUUUGAUUUCUUUUUUUUUCGUCCACCAAGCCGGUUAUCUUACCGAUGUUUUCAUGGUAAGUGUCAGAGUUAGUAUAUAUUUGACAUCACCUACG